AUGCUCGAAGCAUCUGCUGGCACCCAUGGCCUCAGCAUAGACCUCGCCUCACGCACAGCGACUGAGUUUGACCCGACCAUGCGGCGAUUGCUGACCACAUCGCUGAUGGCAGAUUGCUGCGUUUUCUCAGAUAUCCUCGAGAUUUGGGGAGAUGACACGACAUCAAGCCAAGCAGCCAUCGUGCAGUGUUGCUCCUUUGAAGAAAAACUGCUCUUGACUCGCAGGCUGGCCAGAAAGACACAUGGGUAUUGUUUUACCCACGACAGACUGUGUCCGUUCGCUUCAGAGGCCAAAGUGCGUGUGCAAGGCCCCCCUUGCCCAGACUUUUCAAAGAUUGGGUCUCGGACGGGCCUCGCUGGCCCACGCCUACCUGCGCUCUUAGCAGCAGGUGCUAAGGCAGAUGCUGUGAGGUCGGCAGUUCUCCUCCUGGAGAACGUUCCGGAGUUUCCGUUAGACUUGGCCGAGGCAGCAUAUGGUCCGCGGUACACCUGGUAUGGCCAGCUGCAGGAUCCGUCCAUGGUGGGCUUCGAAUGCACAGCCCGACCGCGGCCCCGGGCUUUGCUGUGUGGCAGCUCGCACGAUGUGAAGGAGGACGUGUUCCAGCUAGGACAACAGCGGCAGCAUCUUCAGGGCCUUCGUGCAGGCGACCUUCUUCAACUGGAGCCUGCGCAGCUUCUGAACCUGCACGAAGCAAAGAGGUUGCAAGCUUACGUGGAGGCGUGGGCAGCAGCAUCCAUGCGGCCGUCUGGAGUCUGCGACUGGGAGGACUUGGUUUGUCACUUGGGUGACAACCCUGCAGCUGGAUGGAAAUCGUGGUCUGCGGUCAGCAACAGGCUGCCUACGCUCAGACGCUGCGGCGGGCUCAUGGCCAUGCCGGCGGCAGGGAGACACUUGCUCCUGCGCGAGCUCUUCGCUUCGAUGGGCUUCCCGACUUUUGAGCCCCUGGCCGCGGCAGCAGCUGUGCCCCUGUAUCAGGUGUUUAAGCCACUUUCCCGGCUGACAUACUUACAUCAGAGACAGGCCCUGGGCAACAGCCAAGUUGUACCUCAGGUGGGUGUUUUCGCGGCCUGUGUGCUGGCCAGUUUGUCUGAGAGUGUUGCGUUGUAG